CAUGGGAAGAUGCAUGUUACUGGCCUCAAUUCGCAUUGAUACCUGCCAUGCGUCAGUCUGUUUAAUUUCGUGUGCUUUGACAUAAAUCCUCAUGCACUUAAAAAGAUGGUUGGAUAGUAGUGGAGUAGGUUUCUAGGAGCUAAAGUUGGUGGAUGUUAAGCGUUUUGAUGUUUUAAAGAACUUCUUUGAGUAAUAAAUAGCACAAACCCAAAAAUGGAUUAAACAGACCUCAGGCAGAGAGAAGCAUUCCUCCAUAUUACUGGGCUGGACCAUGAAGUUGGGGAGAACAUUGGGACAGUCCCAAAAAUAAAGCAAGAAGAAUUCCACUGCUCUUUAUUAAUGGUAACUGCAAAGGCGAAGCUUGUUGUCAUGCCUGGUCUCUGGGUGAAUUCUGACGUGGGACUGAUUGUGUGAAAGAUACAUUCCUGAAUCGGAACAUCAGGCUGUGAGAUUUCAGAAGCAGUGAGCAGUCUCUCUUCAUUUCAACAAUCUGCAUCGAACCUCAGCACACCCCACCUCGCACCAGCUGUUUACAGGCUAAACGCAGCUUGAGUGGAGGAGCUGAGGGCUUGGAUGAGGCGCAGAGCUGAGGCCGGCCAAAGAUGACGGAAGAGGUGAUUGUCAUCGCUAAGUUCGACUACGUGGCGCAGCAGGACCAGGAGCUGGACAUCAAGAAGAACGAGCGCCUCUGGCUUCUGGAUGACUCCAAGUCAUGGUGGCGCGUGCGGAACGCCACCAACAAGACGGGCUUUGUGCCCUCAAACUACGUGGAGAGGAAGAACAGCGCUAGGAAGGCCUCCAUUGUGAAGAACCUGAAGGACACCCUGGGGUUCGGGAAGGUCAAGCGGAAACCCGGCAUGAGGGAGACUGCCUCCAAUGCUGACGGCGACAUGUUCUUGGACAACGGGGAGCGACUGUAUGAUCUGAACCUGCCAGCAUUGGUCAAGUUCAGCUACGCGGCUGAGCGGGAGGAUGAGCUGUCGCUGGUCAAGGGCACGCGGGUCAUCGUCAUGGAGAAGUGCAGCGACGGCUGGUGGCGUGGUAGCUACGACGGCCACGUGGGCUGGUUCCCGUCCAACUACGUGACGGAGGACCUGGACGGCACGGCGCCGAUGGACCCAGUGAGCUCGCUGACCGAGAAGCUGGCGGCCGUCGUGCAGAGUGCCAAUGGCAACCGCGUGCUCCAUGUCGUCCAGGCCCUCUACCCCUUCAGCUCCAGUAACGAGGAAGAGCUGAACUUCGAGAAGGGUGAGGUCAUGGACGUGGUGGAGAAGCCGGAGAACGACCCCGAGUGGUGGAAGUGCCGCAAGGGCGACGGGCGGACUGGGCUCGUGCCCAAGAACUACGUCACGGUGCUGCAGAACAGCGGGCAGGGCAACGGAGGGCCUCCUACGCCUGACUGCGACUAUGUGGCACCCUCGGCAAGCGGGAGGUUUGCGGGGAAACAGUGGUACUACGGCAAGGUGACCCGGCACCAGGCUGAAGUGGCUUUGAACCAGCGGGGCGAGGAGGGCGACUUCCUGAUCAGGGACAGCGAAUCCUCGCCCAACGACUUCUCCAUCUCCCUGAAGGCCCAGGGCAAAAACAAGCACUUCAAGGUACAGUUGAAGGACAUCCUCUACUGCAUCGGUCAGCGCAGGUUCAACUCCAUGGAGGAGCUGGUGGAACACUACAAGAAGGCCCCCAUCUUCACCAGUGAACAAGGAGACAAACUCUAUCUGGUGAAGCCGCUCUCCUGACUGCACCCGGACCUCCCAGAACCAUAGACACUUACAGCCGAGUUCCGCCGGCGGAAAUAGCAAUCAUUUCAACGGGAGCAGAGGACAGUACAUGGCCAGCGGACUCAUCGUCGGGAAACGACUUAACGAAAAAGCAUUCAAACGUAUUGAUUUCACAAGUCGUGUUUAGGUCGUAGAUGCAUAUGUAUAUUGACUACGGCAUUUAUCAACUACAAUUUAGUUUUUGUUAAUAUAUAUUAUAUUCAUUUUAAAGCUUGCCUUGCUUGAAGUGAACUUCCCUGGACUUUCAGACAUCUAAGAGAUGUUUUUUUCUUAGUGCCUGAAGAGCUUGGAUUGAGGAAGAAAAUGGACUCGAGAUUUCUUGAAAUUGUACACACUCACUCGCUCAGCAGUGCUAUGAAACUUCAGUUUAUAGGCCAGCAACCAAUUAAGGCAAUGUGUAAAACAGACUUUGACCAAUAUAUAUUAAUUUUUUUUUAAUUUGUGGUCAACAACUGUCAGAAUUCGGAUUUGGUUGUGAACUGGUUUAUACCACCUGAGGCAAGAUGAAUCGGACUUUCUGUUGCUUCUUGAGGUUUUAGGAGAGGGGAGUGUGGGAUUGUGGGUGUGACCCUAAAGUGGGGAUUUCCAUGCCUCCCAGGGACCCCUGUCAUUCUGGAACAAAUACUUGCAUCGUUGGUAAUUCCUGGAGGUCUCCUUCUCUGAGAAGCAUAUCGUGUAGUCUUUAGAUAAUGAAGUCACUGCUCCCUCCAUCCCCGCAGAUGGAGAGGAUGGUUUUGUCCCUUUGCAGUGUCUUUGAAGAGAAUGAUGUAAGAAAUGGGCAGUACUACUCAGUGGUUUAGAACAGGGGCGUCCACUUCAUAAAAAUUCCAUAACACAUAGCGUUUACUAUAAGGGGUCUCUAUCUCUAUCUGGUUUGCUAAUGAUAUUACUGUGUGUGUGUGUGAGUGAGAGAGUGAGAGAGAGAGAGAGGAUUGCUCUCUUAUAGUAACUUAGAUUCAUUUAUCAUCACAGCAUGCUGCAUGUUUUCCCAUCUUUAGUUUUGCACAGAACUCUAGCCAGAACUCAAGCCAGUGAUGUCAUGUCCUGUUUGCGUUUCAUGCUUCUGCCUCCCUCUCCAGCUCCCUCCAGCAGCGCUGUCGCUUGGCCUGAAGUAUAGAUCUGUGUUACCCUGAGACUAAUCCCGCAGCCACUUUCCUCGCCCCUGUUUCUCUAAAUACAUCUGUAGCUUUAAGACAGAAUUUAUUUGGAGGAAGAACCUCCGAGUUCUGCGGGGGCCAAAAUUUUAUUUUGGAAAAUUUUAAGGAAGGAGAUAUUUUUAGAUAUUAAAUGGUAGUAUUGUCUUUAUGGAAAAUAGCAGUAUCUUGUGGCAUCUCUGUCAGAGUUCCAGGGGCAGCGGGCAGAGUGGUGUCCUGCAGACCUCUGGUGGAGGAGAAAUGGAUAGAUGUACUUAAGAUAUGAUAUUAAGGUAUUAAUGUUUUUUACAUUGUGUGAGCUAGACUGGAGGUUGAGAUGAUGGGAAAGAAAGCAAGUUAUGUGGUAAGGUGGGCUGUCUGGGAAAUUGGCCGAAGAAGGCGGGGGGGCAGUGGUGUUCAGGUGAUAUGAGAACCGAGCUUUUAAGAGCAGCGCCAGGGGGGGGUCACGCUCAGAGGCGGAACGAGGCACUGCCACUCACCCGGCCAGGAUCAUUCUCCAUUCGUGUUGCUAACAGCAUAAGACCUGCGUUCUUCUAUCUUUUAGAUGUUGCCUGUGUUUGGGAGGGAUCAAGUGACCUUAAUUUAUUGUAGUUAAUUUUAAGCUAGGAAUUAUUAAUUUGCAGUAAGGUAAUUAAAAAUGCCCGAUACUGCCUGGAAGUACUUUACUAUGGGGGCUUGUAUGAUUGCUCAACCCCCCCCCCCCCAUAGUCAAUCUGGUGCAUGUUUGGCCAUCUGAUGCCAGCGAAUUGGAGAGGCCGGUUCUUCCUGUCGCUCUCAGUCUCGGUCGGACGAUGCUGAUUGGUUCGUCUGGGCCAAGUGGCCGCUGAGUCAGGCGUACCAUCUGGGCCCGUGUGACACAGAGCAGUCUCGCUAAGCGGUGGAAAGGAACAGGCUAUACUGUGAAAAAUAAUAUAUUGUUCCCUUCCUGUUUACAUGGGAAGUCAACUUCACAUAUAAUUGAGUUUAUCUAGACUGUUAAAAUUAAGUAAUAAAAUGGUUAACGACUCUGUGUUGCUUGUGUUAAAUUUAAUUUGCCUUAAGAGAUGAGAAUGCAAUAGGUGCUGUUCACAAAACGGUGGAAAGCAAGUGCUGGUCAGGAAUCUGUACCUUUUGGAGACCUCUAGUGGCUAUGCAUUGUAAAAUUUACAUGGAUUGUAAAAUGAGCUAUGUGGUCAUUAAUCUUCACAAACCGUACUUGAUAUGUCACAUAAAAAGGGGCAAAACAUUAAAGAACUGUGACUGGC